AUGCAAAAUCAAAGAGACGAGACUAAAGACUUAUCCCAGGUUGAGAAUAUGAAGUUAAAACAGAUUAUAGAAGAAAAUGCUAAACGUAAAGCUGUGUACAAGACUAGAAUUAAGAAACUAGAGCAAAGAGAUAAAGAGAAUGUUGAUCUUAAAGCUGUACAUUGGCCCGACCUUAAAAAAAAAUAUGGAUAUGGUGGAUGGGUACAAUUAGAUCAUCAUGAGCCGGGUAAAGCGAGAAUGAUUAUUGAUGGAAAAAAUUUUCGCGAAAUUCAAUGCAAUUGUUGGUCUGCGGAUGAAAGAGUACGAGAAUGUGAUAAUACAGGUGUUGAUGUACAGGUUCUUUCUACAGUUCCUGUGAUGUUUUCGUAUUCUGCAAAGCCUCAACAUACUCUUGAUUUGGCACGUUAUCUAAAUGAUCAUAUUGCUCAAGUAUGUGCCGAAGAUCCAAAACGUUUUGUUGGACUUGGUACACUUCCGAUGCAAUCUCCUGAAUUGGCAGUACAAGAACUUAAAAGAUGUAUUAACGAACUUGGUCUUGUUGGUAUUCAAAUUGGAAGUCACAUUAAUGAAUGGAAUUUGGAUUCACCAGAAUUGGAUCCUAUUUGGGAGGCAUGUGAUCAACUUAAAGUUCCGGUGUUUGUUCAUCCGUGGGAUAUGGAAAAUAAAGGUCGAAUGGAAAAGUACUGGUUUCCAUGGCUUAUCGGAAUGUAUCUUUUUGCUCAUGGUGGUGGAUCUUUUCCAGCUACGCUAGGACGUAUUGUACAUGGUUUCAAUGUUAGACCUGAUUUGUGUGCUAUAAAGAUAAAAAAGAGUCCUCUAGAAUACAUGGAUCGUAUUUAUGUUGAUUCGCUUGUACAUGAUGAGGAAACACUUCAAUUUUUAAUUAAAAAGAUGGGUAUAGAUAAAGUAAUGCUAGGUAGCGAUUACCCUUUUCCACUUGGAGAAAGUCAUCCUGGAAAGUUGAUUGAAGGAUGUGACUGGUUAAGUGAUGAAGAUAAAGAAAAAUUGCUGAGUGGAAAUGUUUUGAAAUUUUUGGGGAUAGAUCAUAAAUUUAAUAAGGAAAUGUAUCUUAAAGAGUAA